AUGCGCACCCAACCCAAUGUAAUUAUCACCGGCACGCCCGGUGCAGGAAAAACUACACAUUGCGAACAGUUGGCGGAAAGUACGGGGUUGAAGCAUCUGAGUGUUAAUGAUGUGGUUAAGGAGAAGGGCUGUCAUGAGGGGUGGGAUGAUGAGUUGAAGACUUGGAUUGUGGAUGAGGAUAAGUUACUGGAUGAAAUAGAAGAAGAGGUUAAGCAGGGUGGAUUCAUUAUCGAUUGGCACGCUUGUGAAUUAUUUCCGAAAAGCUGGAUUGAUCUAGUGGUUGUGCUGAGGGUGGACUCGACGCUGUUGUAUGAUCGGUUAAAGGCGAGGAACUAUCCAGAGGCCAAACUACAAGAGAAUUUAGAUGCGGAGAUUAUGGAGGUGCUACUCGAGGAAGCGAGAGAGAGUUAUGACGAGGAGAUUGUGGUAGAGCUGCGGAGUGAUACAAGUGAUGAGGUGGAAAGUAACGUGGAGAGGGUUGAGGCGUGGAUAAAGCAAUGGAAGAAGGAUCGUGUUGAGGACGAGCAGUGA